AUGGCUGUUGCUAUUUCCCAAGUUUUUCCAACCUCAAGACAUCGCCUAUGUAUAUGGCAUAUCGAGGCAGAGUUUGAGCUUUAUUGGACAAGAGAAAAAUGGUGCCCUGCAUUUAACAAAGAUUAUUUUUCUGGUGGUAUUUUAUCUUCACAAAGGAGUGAAAGCACAAAUCACUCUAUUUCUAGAAGGUUAUCCAAGACUGCUGGGCUAUGUGAUUUUUAUAGCUCCUUUGUUGGUGUUGUUUCGGAGUGGAGGAGUAGAGAGAACGGGGAAGAUGUCCGGUGUUCCCAAGGUGUACCUACAAUGGCUAUGGAUCACAUUAAGAUUUUUUCACACGCUAGGGAUAUUUACACGAUUGAGAUAUAUUACUUGUUCGAAGAGCAGUUUUUGAAAGGGGCAUCAUGCUAUCAAGAGUGUGCUCUAUUUGAAGGUGGUGUGUAUAAGUAUCACGCCUGGAGGCCGGAGAUUGAUAUUAUUAGGCAUGAAGUGAUUUUUAACGUUAGAGAGUUAGAUAUUUGGUGCAGUUGCAAGCUGUUCACUGAAACCGGGAUCUUAUGUUGUCACUGUGUACGCAUUUUAAACGUGCAUUGUGUUUCUGAAGUUCCAAAUAAAUAUAUUAUGAAGAGAUGGACUAAAAAAGUUUUGGAAGACGAGAAUGCUGGUAUUAUCCCCCCAUCUCAGUGCUUUAAUGUUCCCUCUUCUGUUUGGACUUUAGAGACCACUAGGAAAUUUCAGAAGUUGGUUGUUUAUUGCCAAGAAAACAGCGAAACACGCAAAAUUUUUGAGCAAGCAGUGUUAGAUGCCAAGAGAAAAGUUGAAGAUGAGUAUGACCCUAUUUUCUUCGAAGGUGAAGAUUGUGAUGUGGAAUCGUCAAGCGGUGUUAUAAAGGAUCCAUCAGACAGGCGGUUGAAAGGGUUACGUAAUAGGAGGUCUCAAGUUGAAGAUGCUAUUUCUAAUAUUGCUGGUAAUGGAUAUCUGGUGCAUCCAAUGUCUGGAGGUUCAAUUUUUUGUCAUUUUAGGUCAAAUGCAAAUCAAGAGGAGAAUCAGAGUGUGUCUUAA